GUGGCACAGGCCGGCAGAAGACAGGGCUGCUGGGGCCCACUGGGGACUCCUCCUUCAGGCCUCCACUCCACCCAGGUGCUCCUGUGGGCUCCAGGGUCUCCCACCCCUCAUCCCGUCUGCAGCAGCCAUGCAGAAAGCCCGGGGGAACCGGGGAGAAUCUGUCAGCCCAAGGGCACCCCCCAGCCCAGGUGUGCCCCCAAAAAGGGCCAAAGUGGGGACCGGGGCUGGAGCAAGGGCUGGAGUUGGGGCUGGAGCCCAGGGAACAAGAGCAGGGGCCCCAGUCUUCCUUCGGCAACUGAAGAACACAGCCGUUUUCUCUGGCCGGGAUGUGAGGCUGCAGGUGGUGGUGAGUGGGACACCCCAGCCUGGCCUCAGAUGGUUCCGAGAUGGGGAUCCCCUUCCUGACCCAUCCCCGGACCCCAGCUGCCUUUGGCUCCGGGGCUGCAGGGCCCAGGAUGCAGGAGCAUACACCUGUACCGCCAGGAAUGAGCAGGGAGAGGCUUCCUCCACGGGGGUGCUGACUGUGCUGGAGGUGGAAGUUUUCCGCUCCUGCAGAAAGCAAAGUUACGACUCGGAGACCGGUGAAGAUGAUAUCAGUGAUGCCCAAGGGACACAGCGCCUGGAACUACAAGAUGAUGGGGCCUUCAGCACUCCCACAGGGGGGUCAGACACCCUGGUGGGCUCCUCCCUCGACACCCCCCCGACCUCCGUGACGGGGACCUCCGAGGAGCAGGCGAGCUGGUGGGGCAGCGGGCAGACGGUGUUGGAGCAGGAGGCGGGCGGCAACGGCGGUGGUUCCCGCCGGCUCCCAGGCAGCCCAAGGCAAGCACAGGCAGCCGGGGCCGGGGCCGGGCCGCGGCACCUGGGGGUGGAGCCGCUGGUGCGGGCAUCUCGUGCUAAUCUGGUGGGCACAAGCUGGGGGUCAGAGGAUAGCCUUUCGGUGGCCAGUGACCUGUACGGCAGCGCGUUCAGCCUGUACAGAGGACGAGCCCUCUCCAUACACGUCAGUGUGCCGCAGGGUGGGCUCCGGAGAGAGGACCCUGACCCUCAGCCCCCGACGGCCAGUGAAGCUCCCAGACGGCCCGCCCAGCCACCUCCUUCCAAAUCGGCUCUGCUACCCCCACCCUCCCCAAGGGUGGGGAAACGUCCUCCUCCUGGGCCUAGUGCACAGCCCCCCGCCACCCCCACCUUGCCCCAUAGGAAGCCUCAGGAGCCAGGGCCGGUUGAAGACUUGGAAGAGAAGAGAGGGAAGAAGCCCAAGUCAUCCGGGCCCUCACUGCCGGGCACCCUGGAGUCUCGCUCCCAGACACCUCUGAGUGAAACUUCUGGCCGGCUUUCUGGGGUGCGCUGCUCCCCGCGGUUGGUGAGAGCUGGCUCCCGGAUCUUAGACAAACUGCAGUUCUUUGAGGAACGCCGGCGCAGCCUGGAGAGGAGUGACUCCCCGGUUCCUCUGAGGGCAUGGGUUCCUUUGCGGAAGGCGAGAUCCCUGGAUCAGCCGAAGGCCGAAGCGGGGCAGUGGGACACACCUGGGACUUCGAGGGAAGAGUUGCGGGCUGGCUCUCGAGGAGAGCUGGGCACGGUGGCAGAGAGGCGCUGGGCCUUUCGGCAGAAGGCGGCCUCCCUGGACGAGAGGGUCCGGCAGCGUAGCCCCAGCCCAGCCUCUGACCUUGAACUCCGCUUUGCCCAGGAGCUGGGGCGCAUUCGCCGCUCGGCCUCCAGGGAGGAGUUAGUACGAUCUCAUGAGUCCCUACGGUCCACAUUGCAGAGGGCCCCAUCCCCCCGGGACCCAGGGGAGCCUCCCCUGUUCUCGAGCCCCUCAACCCCAAAGACUCCCCCACCAGAGAGCACCUCCACUAUCCAGCAGCUGGCCCUGAGCAGCGUGGGGAGGGUUGGAGAGGAGGCAGCAGGAAAGGGGUCCGGUGUGGCCAGAGGCCGAGGGCUGGCAGGCAGGACAGAGCUUGGUGAAGGCCACCAGCAAGAGGUUCGGCGGAGAGAUCAGUUCCCACUUACUAGGGGGAGGGCUAUCCAGGAAUCCAGGAGCCCCGAGCCCCCUGAGCCCAGGACAAAAGCACAUCCAGGCCGGAAGCGGGAUCCCCCCAUGCAAGCUGUCCGCUUCUUACCCUGGGCCAUGCCUGAGCCAGAGGGGACUGCCAUCUCCCCAAACCUGGAAAAGAACCAGCCUGGGCCUGAGGCAGAGAAGAGACUACGAAGAGGCCCAGAGGAAGAUGGACCCUGGGGGGCCUGGGAUCGUCGAGCACCGCGGAGCAAGGGCAAAGGUCAUCAUCGGGCACGGCCUACCUCACCUGACCUUGAGUCCUCAGAUGACUCCUAUGUCUCAGCUGGAGAGGAGCCCUUGGAAGCUCCCAUCUUUGAGAUACCUCUGCAGAACGUGCUGGUGGCUCCGGGGUUCGACGCAAUGCUCAAAUGUAUUGUCACAGCCAACCCCCCAGCCCAAGUGUCUUGGCAAAAGGAAGGCACGGCCCUCCAGAGCAGUGAGCGGGUCCUCAUCCGGGCGGAAGGGGAGAGACACACUCUGGUGCUGCAGGAAGCCCGGCUAGCUGAUGCUGGUCACUACACCAUCACCGCCACCAAUGAGUUGGGCCAGGCCAGCUGCAAUGCUUCACUCUCUGUUGAGCCUGGAGGUGCCACAUCCCCUUUCAGCAGCCCCAUCACAUCAGAUGAAGAGUAUUUGAGCCCUCCUGAGGAGUUCCCAGAACCAGAGGAGGCCUGGCACCGAACUUCUGCCAUGAAGCUCAGCCCCAGCCAGACUCAAAGCAGCCCCGACACCAGCUCCAGGGCUCCCCCCAUCUUCAAGGUUUCACUCAUGGACCAGUCCGUAAGGGAGGGCCAGGAUGUGACCCUGAGCAUCCGAGUGCAGGGGGAGCCCAAACCUGUUGUCUCCUGGCUUCGGAAUCGCCAGCCUGUACGCCCGGACCAAAGACGCUUUGCAGAGGAGGCAGAAGGGGGUUUGUGUCGGCUGCGUAUCCUGGCGGCAGAACGCGGAGAUGCCGGCUUCUAUACCUGCAAGGCAGUGAACGAAUAUGGCACCCGGCAGUGUGAGGCCAGACUGGAGGUCAGAGCGCACCCUGAAAGUCGGUCCCUGGCGGUGGUGGCCCCCCUGCAGGACGUGAACGUGGGGGCCGGGGAGAUGGCGCUCUUUGAGUGCCUGGUCACGGGCCCUCCGGACGUGGAGGUAGACUGGCUGUGUCGGGGCCGGCUGCUGCAGCCUGCCCUGCUCAAGUGUAAGAUGCACUUUGAUGGGAGGAAGUCCAAGCUGCUGCUCACAUCUGUGCACGAAGAUGACAGUGGUGUCUAUACCUGCAAGCUUAGUACAGCCAAAGAUGAACUGACUUGCAGUGCCCGACUGACUGUCCGGCCCUCAAUGGCUCCAUUGUUCACAAGGAUGUUGGAGGAUGUAGAGGUAUUGGAGGGCCGUGGAGCUCGGUUUGAUUGCAAGAUCAGUGGCUUGCCGCCCCCCACCAUCACCUGGACUCAUUUUGGCAACCCCGUGGAGGAGAAUGACAAUGUGCGGCUGCGGCACGAAGGGGGCCUUCAUUCCCUGCUCAUAGCCCACGUGGGCAGUGAGGAUGAAGGCUUGUAUGAAGUCAGUGCCACCAACAUUCAUGGCCAGGCCAGCUGCUCUGCCCAGCUCUAUGUGGAAGAACCACGCUCAUCCACUUCAGGUCCCAGCUCCAAGCUGGAGAAGAUGCCUUCCAUCCCUGAGGAACCUGAGCAGGGAGAGCUGGAGCGGUUGUCCAUGCCGGAUUUCCUCCGGCCUCUGAUGGACCUGGAGGUGGGGCUGGCCAAGGAGGCGGCCCUGGAGUGCCAGGUGACUGGCCUGCCCUACCCCACCAUCAGUUGGUUCCACAAUGGUCAGCGCAUCCAGAGUUCGGACGACCGUCGAAUGACACAGUACAGGGAUGUACAUCGACUGGUGUUCCCGAUGGUGGGGCCACAACACGCUGGUGUCUACAAAAGCGUCAUCGCUAACAAGCUGGGCAAGGCUGCCUGUUAUGCCCACCUCUAUGUCACAGAUUUGGUGCCUGGUCCUCCUGAGGGGCCCCCCCAGGUGGUGAAUGUGACUGGGAGGAUGGUCUUGCUCAAAUGGAGUCCUCCCAGAAGUGCCGACAUGGCCAUCGAUCCAGACACCCUGACCUACACAGUUCAGCACCAAGUGGUAGGUUCAGGCCAGUGGACAGCUCUGGUCACCGGACUGCGGGAGCCAAGCUGGGCAGCCAUGGGGCUGCGCAAGGGGGCACAACACAUCUUCCGAGUCCUCAGCACCACGGUCAAGAGCAGUAGCAAACCUUCCCCAGCCUCUGAACCUGUGCAGCUGCUGGAACGGGGCCCUGUUCUGGAAGAGGCCCCCGUUGUGCUGGACAAGCCAGAUGUGGUGUAUGUGGUAGAGGGGCAGCCGGUCAGCGUCACCAUCACCUUCAACCACGUGGAAGCCCAAGUCGUGUGGAGGAGCUGUCGAGGGGCACUGUUGGAGGCGCGUGCAGGCAUGUAUGAGCUGAGCCAACCAGAUGAUGACCAGUACUGUCUGCGCAUUUGCCACGUGAAUCGCAGAGACGUGGGCCCCCUCAGCUGUACAGCACGGAACCGGCAUGGCACCCAGGCUUGCUCUGUCACCCUGGAACUCGCAGAGGCACCAAGGUUCGAGUCCAUUAUGGAGGAUGUGGAGGUGGGAUCCGGGGAGACGGCUCGUUUUGCCGUUGUGGUGGAAGGGAAGCCACUGCCUGACAUCAUGUGGUACAAGGAGGAGGCGCUGUUGGAGGAGAGCAGCCACGUGAGCUUCGUGUACGAGGAGAGCGAGUGCUCCUUGGUCGUGCUGAGCACGGGACCCCAAGAUGGCGGCGUCUAUACCUGCACAGCCCGCAACCUGGCGGGGGAAGUAUCGUGCAAGGCUGAGCUUGCCAUUCGAACAGCUCAGACAUCCAUGGAGAUUGAGGGAGGAGGGGAAGAUGAAGAGCUGCGGGGUCGGAGGCUUAGUGACUUCUAUGAUAUCCAUCAGGAGAUCGGCAGAGGUGCCUUCUCCUACCUUCGUCGGGUGGUGGAGCGGAGUUCUGGCCUCGAGUUUGCCGCCAAGUUCAUCCCAAACCAGGCCAAGCCAAAGGCAUCUGCACGUCGAGAAGCUGGGCUAUUGGCCAGGCUCCAGCAUGACUGUGUCAUCUACUUCCACGAAGCCUUUGAGAGGCGACGGGGGCUUGUUAUCGUCACUGAACUCUGCACAGAAGAGCUUUUAGAAAGAAUGGCCAGGAAACCAACCGUGUGUGAGUCUGAGAUCCGGGCUUAUGUGAAGCAAGUGUUGGAGGGGAUCGCUUACCUUCACCAGAACCAUGUUCUGCACCUGGAUGUCAAGCCCGAGAACCUGCUGGUGUGGGAUGGGGCUGGGGGCGCAGAGCAAGUGCGAAUCUGUGACUUCGGCAAUGCCCAGGAACUGACACCAGAAGAACCCCAGUACUGCCAAUAUGGCACCCCUGAAUUCGUGGGGCCUGAGAUCGUCAACCAGACCCCCGUGUCCAGAGUCACCGAUGUCUGGCCUGUGGGCGUUGUUGCCUUCCUCUGUCUGACUGGGAUCUCGCCUUUCGUCGGGGAGAACGACCGGACAACACUGAUGAACAUCCGGAACUACAACGUGGCCUUUGAGGAAACAACGUUCCUCAGCCUGAGCCGAGAGGCCCGAGGCUUCCUCAUUAAAGUUCUAGUUCGAGACCGGCUGCGGCCCACAGCCGAGGAAACCUUGGAGCACGCUUGGUUUAAGGCAACGGCAAAGGGUGCAGAUAUCAGCACUGACCACCUGAAGCUGUUCCUGUCUCGAAGGAGGUGGCAGCGUUCCCAGAUCAGCUACAAGUGCCAUCUGGUGCUGCGCCCGAUCCCAGAAUUGCUGCGGGCUCCCCCUGAGCGGGUGUGGGUGGCGGUGCCUCGGCGCCCACCCCCGGGGGGUCUUUCGUCUUCCUCAGACUCAGAAGAAGAGGAGCUGGAAGAAUUGCCUUCUGUGCCUCGGCCGCUGCUGCCCGAGUUCUCAGGCUCCCGAGUGUCCCUCACUGACAUCCCCACCGAGGAUGAUGCCCCCGGGGCGGCCGACACUAGGGAUUCCGCCCCCAUGGACUGGCAGGAGCAGGGUGGGCCGCCCCCAGGAGAUAGGAGCGCUGCUGGCUCUCAGGCACUCCCCUCCCCAGGCCCACAGCCUCCUGAAACGGCUGCCCCCCGCCGGGCGGAGCUUCGCAGGGGCAGCUCAGCAGAGAGCGCCUUGCCCGGGGCAGGGCUGCGGGAGCCGGGCCGGGGGCUGCAGAAGGCAGCCUCUGUGGACCUGCCCCAGCGCCGCAGCCCUAGCCCGGGGGCUGCCCACCUGGCACGGGGGGGCCUGGGCGAGGGAGAGUACGCCCAGAGGCUCCAGGCCCUGCGGCAGAGGCUCCUACGGGUAGGCCCCGAAGACGGCAAGGUCAGCGGCCUCAGGGGACCUCUGCUAGAGAGCCUGGGGGGUGGAGGAAGGGCCCGUGACCCCCGGCUGGCACGGGCUGCCUCCAGUGAGGCAGCCCCCCGACAUCCACUGCCCCCCGAGGCCCGCAGCCUUCAGAAAAGCAGUAGUUUUUCCCAGGGGGAGGCAGAACCCAGGGGGAGGCACCGACGGGCCGGAGCCCCCUUGGAGAUCCCCGUGGCCCGACUAGGGGCCAGGAAGUUACAGGAGUCACCUUCCCUGUCUGCCCUCAGCGAGGCCCAGCCUCACAGCCCUGCCAAACCCAUCCCUGCCAAGUUAUCUCCUACAAAACCUGCUUCCCCGGGACCCGCCGAGCAGCCCUUGGCUUCCUCCAGGGGCUCGCCCCGGCCAGCGCCCCCCAAGACUGCUCGAAAAGAGCAAGUGCCUAAGCCAGGACCUUCCAGGACCCCAGAACCCCCAAAGGCAGCGGUGGUCUCUCCAGUCCCAGAGACCCCCCUUACCCCUUAUGCCCAGAUCAUACAGACUCUCCAACUGCCUGGCACUCCAAAGAUCGUCUUGGGGCCUCCACCAGAGCCCAAGCCCCACGCGGCUGUCUUUGCCAAGGUGGCUUCUCCACACGCCGCCGGCAAGCCAGGGCUGGGAGUCAAGGGGCUUGCUCCCCCUCCUGGGGAGAAGACUGUGCUUCCUUCAAGGCCUGCUGGCUCAGACAGGAGCUUAAGCAGCAUUGAAAAUCUGGACUCGGAGGAAGUGUUUGAAGCGAAAUUCAAGAGAAGCCGCCAGUCUCCCCUGGCUCGGAGACUGAGGAUGCUGAGCCGCUCUCAGUCAGAGGAGCGGGGCCCUUUCCGGGGAUCGGAGGAGGAAGAUGGCAUAUAUAGGCCCAGCCCGGCUGGCACCCCACUGGAGCUAGUGAAGCGGCCUGAGCGGUCCAGGUCCGUGCAGGACCUCCGGGGGCCCGGGGGGACUGGGGAGCUGGGGCUAGUACGACGCCUCUCGCUGUCCCUGUCCCAGAGGCUACGCCGCACACCCCCCUCCCAACGUCACCCGUCCUGGGGGUCUCCCCGGGCCGGGGAUGGUGAGAGCUCAGAGGGGGGUGACUCGGCCAGGGGGUCCCCGGUGCUGGCGGUUCGGAGGAAGCUCAGUGCCACCCUGGAGCGCCUCUCAGGGCGUCUGCACCGGAGCGGCAGCAGCGAGGACUCGGGAGGCCGGUCUGGGGGUAGCACACCGCUGCUGGGCCGACUGCGCAGGGCGACAUCCGAGGGAGAGAGCCUGAGGCGUCUCGGCCUGCCCCACAACCAGCUGUCGGCCCAAGCGGGCACGGCCACACCCUCGGCAGAGUCGCUGGGUUCUGAGGCUAGCGCUACCUCAGCCUCUUCAGGUCCUGGGGAAGGCCGGACUCGGUCCCGCUGGGAUCGCUGGGGCCUGUCAAGGUCACGGAAGGACAGAGGGUCAUCGCAACCUAACCUCCCAGCCAGUGUCCAGGAGGGUUCCACUUUGGGCUACGAAUAUGUGCGCAGUGAGUCAGAUUUCCCCCCUGUCUUUCAUAUCAAGCUGAAGGACCAGGUGCUGCUAGAUGGGGAGGCAGCUACCCUCCUGUGCCUCCCAGCGGCCUGCCCUGCACCCCAAAUAUCCUGGACAAAAGACAAACAGUCCCUCCGGUCAGAACCAUCAGUGACUAUAGUAUCCUGCAAAGAUGGGAGGCAGCUGCUGACCAUCCCUCGUGCUGGGAAGCGCCAUGCUGGGCUGUAUGAGUGUUCUGCCCGCAAUGCCUUGGGCAGCGCCACCAGCUCCUGCACUCUGGCUGUGGCCCGCCUCCCAGGCAAGCUGGCUCCCCCUGAAGUGCCCCAGAAAUACCAGGAUACAGCAUUGGUGGUGUGGAAGCCCGGAGAUAGUCGAGCCCCUUGUACAUACACGCUGGAGCGACGUAUAGAUGGGGAAUCCAUAUGGCACUGUGUGAGCUCAGGUAUCACUGACUGCUACUACAACGUCACCCAGCUGCCACCGGGCAUGACUGUGAGGUUUCGAGUGGCCUGUGCCAACCGAGCCGGGCAGGGCCCCUUCAGCAAUGCGUCAGAGAGGGUCCUUGUUGGAAAAGCCACAGAUACCCCAGUUUUGAAAUCUACCACUCAACAGGAAAUCCCUAUUACCUCAGUGCCAGCUGGGACCCCCAUUCCUUCCACUCCUACCUCACCUAUCUCUCCCCCAGCCCCAGCCUCUGCAGCUUGCCCAACCUCUACAGCCCCAACCACACCAACUUCAGCCACCCCAACCCCAGCCUCUCCAGCCCCGGCCUCCCCAGGCCCCCCAGCUUCUCCAGUCUCUCCAACCCCAGUUCCUGAGCCUGCAUCUCCCGUGGCUCCAGCCUCUACACAAUCUCUUCCUUCAGCCCCUGCCUCCCCCUCUCCCCCAACACCCCUCAACCAGGUCCAGUCUCACCUCAAGGCUAUAGGUCCACCUCCCCCAACCCCUCCACGAAAGCACAGGGGUCUGCUGGCUGCACGGCAAGCAGAGGUCACAUCCCCCAGUGAUCAGCCCCCACCUAGUGGGCCUGAGUCUCCUGCUUCCAACACAAAAGCCCCAUCCCCUAGCACCCCUGAGAGUAAAGCAACCUCCUCCCCAGCCCCUAUGUAUAUGGUGACUUCUUUUGUGUCAGAACCCACCAUCCCUGAGCCCCAAGCCCCUGAGCCCACCCCCAGCCCCACUAAAGCGACCGUGCACAGCCCCACCCCAGCCAAGGAGAGGCUCAGCUCUCCGGGAGGCAGACCCCCCAGCUCUGCUGGCCCUGAGGGCACCACGCUUCGUCAGGGACCUCCUCAAAAACCCUACACCUUCCUGGAGGAAAAGGCCAGGGGUCGGUUUGGUGUGGUGAGGGCCUGCCGGGAGAAUGCCACAGGCCGGUCAUUCGUGGCAAAGAUCGUCCCCUAUGUGGCCGAGGGCAAGCAGCGGGUGCUUCAGGAGUAUGAAGUAUUACGCUCUCUACACCAUGAGCGGCUCAUGUCCCUGCACGAGGCGUACAUCACCCCCCGCUACCUUGUGCUCAUCGCAGAGAGCUGUGGGAACCGGGAGCUGCUCUGUGGACUCAGUGAACGGUUUCGGUACUCUGAGGACGACGUGGCCACCUAUGUGGUCCAGCUGCUGCAGGGCCUGGAAUACCUCCAUGACCACCACGUGCUGCACCUGGACAUCAAACCUGACAACUUGCUGCUCACACACGACAACGCUCUCAAGAUCGUGGACUUUGGCAGUGCCCAGCCCUACAGCCCCCAGGCCCUGCAGCCCCUGGGCCACCGCACCGGCACGCUGGAGUACAUGGCUCCUGAGAUGGUGAAAGGCGAACCCAUUGGCUCUGCCACAGACAUCUGGGGUGUUGGUGUGCUCACCUACAUCAUGCUCAGUGGACGCUCCCCAUUUUAUGAGCCAGACCCCCGGGAGACAGAGGCCCGGAUUGUUGGGGGCCGCUUUGAUGCCUUUCUGCUGUACCCCAAUACCUCCCAGAGUGCUGCCCUCUUUUUGCGCAAGGUUCUUUCUGUCCACCCCUGGAGCCGGCCCUCACUGCAGGACUGCUUGGCGCACCCCUGGCUGCAGGACGCCUACCUGAUGAAGCUCCGGCGCCAGACGCUGACUUUUACCACCAACAGGCUGAAGGAGUUCUUGGGGGAACAGAAACGCCGACGGGCGGAGGCUGCCACCCGCCAUAAGGUGCUGCUGCGCUCCUACCCUGGCAGCCCUUAGCCUCCCGGACCUCGGACCCCUCCGGCCUCCCGGCCCUCGGGCUCUGGGAUCCCUGCAAUCCGGCUCCUGGACUCCCCUGCCCUUGCACACGGGACAUUCCAGGGGCUUAUGGCAGCACUGGGGUAGGGUGGGGGGAGACAGAGAGGCCAACGGGGACCGGACACCACCAGCAACAGCCAACCAGGUGGCAUUACCUCAUGGACCCACGGGCAACGGGAGCCCCAGGGAUAGCAUAAGCCCCACCUGGGCUACGCCGGGCUUCAACCAGGCUGAAGGACUGAGGGUUGGGGGAGAUGAGGGACAAGAAGAGAAAGAGGACUGGGGUGGCGGGGGCAGAGAGAAAGGGACAUGAUGAAGGGGAGGCCUCGGAGGGGGUCUAGCUGUUGGAUGGGGAGCCCUUGGGGGAGAUCGAAGGGAACGAUGAUGAGGCUGGGUGUGAGCACCAUUACUGAAGAGAAGAAAGUGCAGGAAUAGGGAGUGAGACAGCCGGCAGCAUAGGGCCGACGGGAUGGGAGAGAUCAGUGGAAAGAGUGAUAAACCAGAAAGGUGGGAGCAAAAGAGGGGACGCCAGUUAGGUGAGUGAAUGAUGGCGCCUGGGACGCUGGGGAGGUGUUCAGUCUGCGGGAGUUGAGAUUAGGGGGCACUGGGUCGCAGAACCAAGACUGUCCAUCUUAGAUAAGGAGGCUCAAGGACAGGAUAGCCUAGAGGUUGGGAAUCAGUGAGGCUGAAGAGCUCAUCCUUCCUUUGCUCUCCCCUCUCUGCCCAGUGAGGGGGGAGGAAGGGGUCUUGCUCCUGUCCUCUCAGCUUGUGGCCCAAGGCUUCUUGCACCGGGCUUGAGAUGGUCCCAGCACCUUCCUCCUCCCGCCCCCAACCCUCGCAGCCUUUGCCUUCACCACCCUCAUAUUUAUUUAUUUAUUGACUUUUGUGAAGUUUUCCCUUCCUCUCUCCAUCCAUCCCCCAACCCCUCUCUCCAGUGUUGUCCUGAGCCCUGCCUAUCUCUCCAUCCUCCAUCCAUCUGUCUGUCUGUCCCAGGGCCAAUAAAAACAACAAGCA